UUACCGUAUAGACAUCAAUUUACCGUACAAGCUUCAGACAAAGCGUAGGGUAAAAAUAAUAUUUUUUGUGCAAGAUCGAUCACUCAAUUGCUUGGUGAACAAAAAAAAAAAAAUAACAUAAAAGAUAUUCUAUUCAAGAAUUGAUUAAGUUUAGUCAUUUAUUGACUGUGGUAUUAGUUUAUAGUUUUAAUCUCAAAAGAUAGAGAUUUUAUACUUGUAUAAAUUUCUGUUGCCGAUACAACUUUGUAUUUUUAGUAGAAUUUUAUUACAGUUAUACAAAAAAAUAUCACAUCAGAAUGAGUACAGCGAUAGAAAAUGGAAGUAAUGAUAAUUCAGCAAAGAAAAAAACUAUUGAAGGCAUAUAUCAGAAAAAAUCUCAAUUAGAACAUAUUUUAUUGCGUCCUGAUACUUAUAUUGGUUCUGUUGAACCAGUAACAGAAAUUAUGUGGGUUUAUGACAAAGAAAAAGAAUCGAUGACACAAAAAGAAAUAAAAUAUGUUCCUGGAUUAUAUAAAAUAUUUGAUGAAAUUUUAGUAAAUGCAGCAGAUAAUAAACAAAGAGAUCCUAAAAUGGAUACAAUUAAAAUUGAAAUUAAUGCAGAAAACAAUAUUAUAUCUGUAUGGAACAAUGGUAAAGGCAUUCCAGUGGUAAUUCAUAAAGAAGAAAAUAUGUAUGUUCCUACAAUGAUAUUUGGUCAUUUGUUAACAUCAUCUAAUUAUGAUGAUGAAGAAGAAAAAGUAACAGGUGGCAGAAAUGGCUAUGGUGCCAAAUUAUGUAAUAUUUUCAGUCAUCGUUUUACCGUGGAAACUGCAUCUAAGGAAUACAAAAAAUGUUUAAAACAAACAUGGAGUAAUAACAUGGGAAGUGCAAGUGAACCUAGAAUUAAAGAUUUUUCUGGCGAAGAUUUUACAAAAGUUAUAUUUUCACCAGAUUUAUCAAAAUUUAAAAUGCAAUCUUUAGACGAUGAUAUAAUUGCUCUUAUGUCUAGAAGAGCUUACGAUAUAGCAGCUUCUACAAGAGGUGUUAAAGUUUUUUUGAAUGGUACAAAGAUUCCUGUCAAAAAUUUUAAGGAUUACGUUGAUUUUUACAUUAAGGGUAGAGAAGAUGAUGUUGGCAAUCCUUUAAAAAUUGUAUAUGAAAAUUGUGGACCCCGUUGGGAAGUAGCUAUUGCUUUAUCUGAUAAGGGUUUCCAACAGAUGUCUUUUGUAAACAGUAUUGCAACAACAAAGGGUGGACGUCACGUGGACCAUGUUACAGAAUUAAUAGUAAAACAAUUGACAGAAACAUUGAAAAAGAAAAAUAAAGCUGGAGUAACGAUUAAACCAUUUCAAAUAAAAAAUCAUUUAUGGAUUUUUAUUAAUUGUCUUAUUAAUAAUCCCACAUUUGAUUCACAAACUAAGGAGAAUAUGACAUUGCAGCCUAAAAGUUUUGGAUCAAAAUGCACACUUAGUGAAAAAUUUAUUACAUCUGUAACGAAAAUUGGAAUUGUAGAAGCAGUUUUAACAUGGGCAAAAUUUAAAGCUGAUAGUCAAUUACAAAAGUUGGGACCCAAAUCAAAACAAAGAAAGUUGCAAGGUAUACCAAAAUUGGAGGAUGCUAAUGAUGCUGGAACUAAUAAAUCAUUAGAAUGUACACUUAUAUUAACAGAAGGAGAUUCAGCUAAAACUAUGGCUGUAUCUGGGCUUGCGGCAAUAGGUAGAGAUAAAUAUGGUAUAUUUCCUUUAAGAGGUAAAAUUUUAAAUGUAAGAGAGGCAACACAUAAACAAAUCUUAGAAAAUGCAGAAAUUAAUAAUUUAAUAAAAAUUCUUGGUCUUCAAUAUAAGAAGAAAUACGAAACUCGAGAAGAUCUGAAAACAUUACGUUAUGGAAAAAUGAUGAUAAUGACUGAUCAAGAUCAGGAUGGUUCUCAUAUUAAAGGCUUGUUGAUCAAUUUUAUUCAUCACAAUUGGCCAUCAUUAUUGAAAUUAAAUUUUGUAGAGGAAUUCAUCACGCCUAUUGUUAAAGCUACAAAAGGAAAUCAAGUAUUAAGUUUCUUUUCAAUGCCAGAAUUCAAUAAAUGGAAGUCAGAAACAGAAAAUUUUCAUACUUAUAAAAUCAAAUAUUACAAAGGUUUGGGUACUUCCACUGCCAAAGAAGCAAAAGAAUAUUUUGAAAAUAUGACUAGACAUAGAAUUCGAUUUAGAUAUGAUGGAGAUCAAGAUGAUCAGAAUAUUAUCAUGGCUUUUAGUAAAAAAUGUGUUGAUCAACGAAAGGAUUGGUUAAUGAACCAUAUGGAUGAAACAAAGAGAAGAAAAGAAAUUGGUCUUGGAGAACGUUAUUUAUAUGAAAAGGAUACACGUACUGUAUCUUUCUCCGACUUCAUUAAUGUAGAAUUAGUUUUAUAUAGCAAUUAUGACAAUGUUCGAUCCAUACCUAAUAUGAUCGAUGGUUUUAAACCUGGACAAAGAAAAGUAUUAUACACAUGUUUAAAACGUAAUGAUAAGCGCGAGGUAAAAGUUGCACAAUUGGCUGGUUCUGUAGCUGAACAUUCAGCAUAUCACCAUGGAGAAGUUUCUCUUAUGUCAACUAUUAUUAAUCUUGCACAAAAUUUCGUAGGAAGUAAUAAUAUAAACUUACUUCAACCAAUUGGUCAAUUUGGUACAAGACUUGCAGGAGGAAAAGAUGCAGCAAGUCCUCGAUAUAUUUUUACCAUGCUUAGUCCAUUAGCAAGAUAUAUAUUUCACAAACAUGACGAUGCUUUAUUAAAACAUGAAUAUGAUGAUAAUCAAAAAAUCGAACCUGUUUUUUAUAUACCGACUAUACCAAUGGUAUUAGUGAAUGGUGCUGAUGGUAUUGGUACUGGAUGGAUGACAAAGAUACCAAAUUAUAAUCCUAGAGAAAUAAUUGAAAACUUAUAUAGAAUGAUGGAUGGUGCUGAUCCAAAACCUAUGGUACCAUAUUAUAAAAACUUUAAAGGUGUCAUAGAGAGUUGUGGAGAUUUUAGAUACAUUAUUAAUGGCGAAAUUUCAGUAAUAGGACCAGAUAAAAUUGAAAUUACUGAACUUCCAAUCGGCACUUGGACUCAAACAUAUAAAGAAACAGUAUUAGAACCAAUGUUGCAUGGAACUGAUAAAACCCCUGCUACUAUUACAGAUUAUAAAGAGUAUAAUACAGAUACAGCAGUUCAUUUUAUAAUAAUGUUAAAUCGUGAUAAGUUAUUAGAUUUAGAAAGAGAUGGUCUUCACAAAGCAUUUAAAUUACAAACAACAAUGACGGUUACAUCUAUGUGUGCAUUUGAUGAGAAUCAGUGUCUUCAAAAAUAUGAUAGUGUUCUCCAAAUUUUAAAAGGUUUUUACAAAGUCAGAUUAGAAAUGUAUCACAAAAGAAAAGAAUAUUUAGAAGGAAUCCUACAAGCAGAAGCGUCUAAACUUUCAAAUCAAGCACGAUUUAUUGUAGAAAAAUGCGAUGGAACAAUAGUAAUAGAAAAUAAGAAAAGAAAAGAUAUGAUUGCAGAAUUAAUUAGACGAGAAUAUGAAUCUGAUCCAGUUCUGGCUUGGAAAUUAUCACAAAACAGAGAAGAAGUUUUAGAAGCUCAAGAAGAAGUAGCUGAGAAUGUUGAUGAUGAAACAGUAUCAUCUACUGCUAUUACAAAAGAAAACUUUGAUUAUCUAUUAGGAAUGACAUUGUGGUCUUUAACAAAAGAAAAAAAAGAUGAGUUAUUACGUCAAAAAGAUGAUAAAUUAGCAGAAUUAAAAAGAUUACAAGCUCGUACACCUAUUUCUUUAUGGAAAGAAGAUUUAGAUAACUUGUUGAAUGAAUUAAACAGAUUAGAAGAAAAAGAACGAAAGGAAGAACAAAAAUCAAAACAGUGUAUUAAGAAACCACCAUCUAAAUAUUAUACUUCUGAUGACAUUCGUCGAAUAGUACCUAUAAUUGAUACCGAAUUAAAAAGAAAAAUUGAAAAAGCAGAUAUUGUAUCUAAAGAUAAAAAAGAAGGCAUAAAAAAACAAAGGGUAAAGAAAGAACCAGUGGAAGAUAAAGAUGAGUUUGAUGUAUUAAUUGAAGCUAAUGCCAAAUCUUUAGAUGAUAGAUUGGGCAAUUCUCCAGAAAAGAUAGAAAAAAAAGCUGCUGGUAGAAAAAGACUAAAACAGACAACAUUACCAUUUAAAUCAAAAGUGAAAAAAGAAAAAGAUGAUAAAAAAAAAGAUAAAGAUUCGGAUAGUAAUGACGAUAUUGAUUUUGGUAGCAUUUCUCCUCCUCCAGCUCCUCGUGCAUCCCGUAGAACAGCAGCUAAAAAGAAUUACAAUUUUAGUAGUGAAGAAUCUUCUUCUAGUGAUGACGUUGUUAGUAUUUCUUCAGAUAUCGAGCAAAAGACAAAACCUGUUACAAUCGUCAAUAGUGAUUCUGAUGAUACUUAUAAAAUACAUAAAAAACCUAGUUCGGAAGAACUUUUUGACUCUUUAAUCGGUAGCUCUCCGGAAAAACAACCAAAAGCUAUUGUAGCAUUUAGUGAAGAAUCGUCUUCAACAAUCUCACCUCAGACAAAAGCUCCUGCUAAAAAGAAAACUGAAAAUGGAGGGAAAGGAAUGAAAAGACAGAUUAAGAAAAAAGUUAUUUCUUCCGAUUCAGACUCAGAAGAAAUGUUCUCAAGUAAACAAACUCCUGUAAAAAAAAGAAAGAAGAAAUCCGAGUCAGAGGAAGACAGUAUUGUUAAUGUAGUAGAAAGUUCUCCAUUACCACCUCGUAAAACUGCCGGUCGUGCUCGUAAACCUGUUUCGUAUGCUGUUCAAUCAGACGAUGAUGAGGAUUCCAAUUGAUCGAUUUUGUAUAAUAUUUUAAAAAUAUAAACAAAUAAAUGGCACGUGUUUCACGAAAUAUAAAUUCUAAAAACACGGUCUUAAGUUAAAUGAGACCUAAAUUUGGAUAAUAACAAAUUUUGUGAUCACAUUUGAUAUAA